UCUUCUGACGGCAGGUGGCGAUGUUGCGCUUGAUCGUCUGAGCGCGUGCGCCGUCGAAGAAGUGAUGUUUAGUGUCAAAAACUGCAGGACAAAUACAACAAUAAGAACAACUAAUGAAGCUUAUAAAGGUUUUAAAAUACUUUUCUACGUUUACAUCUCCAGAAGAUAAUCAACAAUAAUCAAAUCGCUGUAAGUGCGCGAGACGGGAAGUCUGGCCAUAUACAGUAACGUUACAUCUUCAUUCACAUGGCAUCAUUCAACACAGAAGUGAGUCCAGACAUCCACAUCUGCGGUUUAUGCAAACAGCAGUACAACAAUGUUGAACUUUUCUUCGCCCACAAGCAAUCCAACUGUCAGAUCACUUCAACUUAUAUAUCAGGCCAAAAUGCACUUUCUAAUGAGUCAAAAGUUAAAAAGAACCUCCACCAGAAAACUUCCUCUAAGAAGCUGAAACCCGCACUAACUCAAAAAAGACACAUAUGCACCUUCUCAGGCUGUACAUUCAAAACCCAGUAUGGCCAAAAAGACAUGGAGAGGCAUAUAUUAACACACACUGGUGAAAGACCGUUUGAGUGUGAACUCUGUCACAAGCGUUUCAGUCGGCGAGAUAAACUCAAUCUUCACAGCCGUCUGCACACCGGAGAGAAGCCGCACAAGUGUAAACACUGCCCUUACGCCGCGGCCGACAGCAGCAGCCUGAAGAAGCAUCUCCGUAUCCAUGUCGAUGAAAGACCCUUUCACUGUCAGAUAUGCCCGUACGCCAGCCGAAACUCCAGCCAGCUCACCGUUCACCUGCGCUCUCACACAGGUGACUCCCCGUUCCAGUGUAAUCAAUGCAAUGCCAAAUUCAAGAUCAACUCAGACCUUAAGCGCCACAGUAGAGUGCACUCCGGCGAGAAACCUUAUAAGUGUGAUCUCUGUGAGUAUCGCUGCGCCAUGAAAGCCAACUUAAAAUCCCACGUUCAUCUUAAGCACAGCGCGGGCGAUGCGUUUCGUUGCUCUGAAUGUGACUUUCAAUGUCCCACCAAAGCCGCCCUGCGACACCAUUCACGCCAGCACCAACCUGCCCAGCCUCUGCAGUGCAGCGAGUGCAGUUACUCCUGCUCCAGCAAGGGGGCGCUCAAGAUACACGAGCGGGUGCACUCGGACGAGCGGCCCUUUAAAUGCGACCAUUGUCCGUUUGCUAGUAAGCAGCGUAGUAAUUUGUUAAUUCACAGACGGAAGUGUCACGCGGAUAGUCCGGAAAGACGGAGUAAGACGGGGAGAGGGAGUGGGGCAGGGGAGGAGCCUCCCAAAUCUCUCAGCUCACGUUACCGGGCGAGAUUGGAGGCGGCGCGAGCGUUUCGUUGUGACUUGUGCGAGGCUUCGUUCGUAAGGGAGGAUUCGCUUCGUAGCCACAAGAGGCAGCAUAACAAAAGCGCAGUGGCACAAUCGCAAGCCACAACUGUUACCAAACAGGAUGCAAACCGAGCCCAAGUCACACCUGCAUACACCGGAACGCAUUUAAAGAUCAUCGCUAAGACCGGAGACGUUCUGCUCGGUCCCAAUGAGCACAACGUCCUUUUAAACGGCCUGCUGACACCCGUGCAUCACAUUUCUGCAUCAACACCAGAGGGCGCCCUUGAGCACCGAACGGUUCUGCUUACUCAGAUCGGCAGCACUGAGGUAAGCACAUUUGAGACGGGUGAUGCUGCUCCCCCUAAUCAAAACUACAUCGCCUCCUGCUCCGCCUCGGCUUCAGACGGCACCCACGCUUUCAUCACUUCCUGUUCGGACCUGGAAAGCCUCCACACGCUUAUCCAGCAGGGCGGCACUGAAGUUACAGUGGUGACAGAGGCAAGCCCCUCGACCGCCAACGCAAAACCUCUGAACGUUGAUGGAUCUCAGGAUGUGUUAAAGCAAGUCAUAUCAGAAGAUAAUUUAAAUAUCGGUCCAGCUGGGACCAUUCUCUUUCAAAGUAUUCCUCUGUCUACUAACAUAUACCAUCUGUCUCCUCACCAAAUAUUUUCAGACGCCAAUACAGUGGACAUCAGUGAGGAUUGAUAGUGCAAAGUAUUAACAAACUUUUGUACAGUUUAGUUUGUGUUGAAGGGGUCUGUGAUGUAUGUUUGUUUUCAUUUCUUUGUACCUCACUGCUACCCUCACAUUUUAUUGGAAUUACAGUAAUCCUGGAAACAAAAA